CACAUCUCAAGCGGGACUUACACAGCACCAUGGCGCACCAUGAACUUGCGGAUGCUGUGGUGUUGGGCUACCGUGAUCUGUCGGCGGCAGGGGUGCGACUUCUUCACCAUGUGACUAUUGACGGCAUGAAUGUAAUGGAGGAAUCGUUGGACAUCCAUGGACAGCCUCUUCUCAUUCGCAACUUUGUCGACGAAAGCACGAAUCGACCAAAGCUCUCGGUGCUCAUUGUGCCCGGGUCUGUCCCCGCGGAUCUUUGCACGUUGAUGUGCGCCGAGAUUGUGGACCUGCUCCAAGGAAGCAAGAACGUUCUUGUAUUGAGCUCUCUCAACCUCCCGAUGACUAGCGAACAAGAGCACAUCGUGUUCUGGAAGCAACUCCACACGACAACUCCACUUGCCCUCGCCGACUUGGACUUCGAACCCGUUCCUGCAAACAGUCGAUGGACGGUGAAAGAUCAGUUCCUGAGUACCCUGCUGCACUUUCUUCAUGUUGAAUACCUCCCCGUCACCCUCCUCGUCGUUCGCGGAUACAAGUAUUCGAAUUCCCCAGUCGACGGCACCACCGAGGUCCUUCUCAAACUGGGUCACGCUACCCCCGUCGUGAUGCAAGAGCUCGGCAUGGCGACCAAAGUCGCCGUUGACGUCCAAGCGGCUGCUGCUUUAGAUGUGGCGACCGCCACCGAUCAAUUCUCCACUCACUCGUUGCUGUACAAUUAAUGUUUUCGUUCGAGCCGAUAUUGAACAGCGUUUAUGUGAUGCCA